AUGCUUGCGAAGGAAUCGGGCAGUUCGGAAUUCGACCUUCCCGUGGAAGUGUUGGAAUUACUGCCGUCGGAUCCUUUAGAACAGCUCGAUGUGGCCCGCAAAAUCAAGUCCCUCGCUAUCUCGACACGACCAGAUCAUAGCCGACCUCCAAUCCCAGGUGGAGUCCCUCGACGCCUCUCUCCCCGAGACCGCCGACAAACUCGCCCUCGCGACCAGGAGAAGGAGGGAUUGGUGAAGGAGAGGGCCGUACUCUCUAACACAGUGAGGAAGCUGAACAAAGAUGUAUCGAAGAGUGGAGCUUCAGAGGUUGUUGCCAAUCCUUCUAAUACUGUACAAGCCGAAGAGAACUUGUCUUCUAGACCACAUGUUGGACAUGGAGUCCAAAGCACAUUUUCUGAAGCAGGAAGUACGUUUCAUGAGGAUCGCGACACAGAUGCCUCAAGAGCUCGCAUAGCACACAGUGUCAUGUUAGCAUCCCAAACUAGCACACCUCGGCUCACUCCCCCUGGUUCUCCUCCUAUCUAUUCUGCAUCCACAUCACCGACAAGAACAUCGAAACCUGUGUCUCCAAAGCGACACUCCAUGUCCUUCGGCACUUCAAGAGGCAUUUUUGAUAACAGAUCGUCUGCGCCCUCAAGCCAUCACAGCUCGGAACGUGGAAGAACUAGGGUGGAUGGGAAAGAGUUUUUCCGUCAAGUCAGGAGUCGUCUGUCUUACGAGCAGUUUGGUGCAUUACUGGCAAAUGUUAAGGUACUAAACGGGAAACAAGCAAACAAAAGAGGAGACGCUACAGAAGGCGGAUGAGAUAUUUGGGCCACAUAACAAGGACCUAUAUGCUAUUUUUGAAGGAUUAAUCAGCCGCAAUGUCCAUUAAAUUGACAAUUUGAAUCUUGUAAAAGCCAGUUUUACCACUUUAAUCUGUUUUUUGGCUGUAAUUAAAUGCAAAUUCAACGUGUACUGGAAGUCUGAAACCAUUCUUUGAACUCCUGCUACUUAACU